ACCAUGUUUUUCCUCCCUCAGGGCUGUGAGGAAAGGCAGCGCCAACACUGAGAGUGGAGUGGGGGGAAAGAGCUUGUGGUCCCUCAACUUUUCCAGACCAGUUUUGGUGUGCAGUGAGCCCUGGUGCGCGGGGGGCGCGCCGCGACCCUCGGCGGAGUUGGGAGGAUGAGCCGCGGUGCGGGCUGUGAUUCUGUGUACUGUGAUUCCCUCAUUCUCGCUUAUUGCGGUAAAACAUGUUGAGGAGACCUGUGGCAGUGUGAAGCAAGAAAUAUGGGAGAGCUGAUUGCAAGGAGAAGCCUGGCUUGUUUUCUGUUUUCCUUCACUGGCUAUCAUGAUUUACGAGGUGGAAACGCGAACAGCCGCCUCUGCUUCCCGGGACACAGGAAUGUGGUGAAGAUGCCUCCGAGAGUAGGGGCUGUAUCCUUAGAAGCGCCUUUUUGCCGGUGGGCACCAUUUACUCGCUAAAGGGAAGGGCUCAACAACCUGUGGUUAUUAGGUGGUAGCGGAGAGGGCAGGAACUCCGCCAUGGGGUACGACAAAAGCUGGAUGUUGAGGAAUGAAAGCGACCAUGCCCCGUACCAGGCUGUCACCAGAGCUCUGGAGAUGAGGAACGCCUCGGCCGGGCAGAUGGUGUGGCAGGGCGGGAACGUCAGCGAGGCCGGGGCCGUGGAGAGCGAGGAGCACGGCGAGGAGCGGGGCUACCGGCACUUCACCACCACCGUGCAGAUUGUCAUCUUCGUGGGCUCCUUGCUGGGUAACACCAUGGUGCUGUGGUCAACUUGCAGAACAUCGCUACUUAAAUCUGUAACAAGCCGAUUCAUUAAGAAUUUGGCCUGCUCGGGGAUCUGUGCCAGCCUAGUCUGUGUGCCUUUUGACAUUGCUCUUAGUGCCAGUCCACACUGCUGCUGGUGGAUCUAUACGAUGCUUUUCUGCAGAAUUGCCAAGUUUCUGCACAAAGUCUUCUGCUCAGUGACCAUCCUUAGUUUUCCAGCCAUUGCUCUUGACAGAUACUACUCUGUUUUAUACCCUCUGGAAAGAAAAAUAACUGAUGCAAAAUCCCGAGACCUGGUUAUCUAUAUCUGGGCCCAUGCAAUAGUGGCCAGCAUUCCAGUAUUUGUUGUGACCAAUGUGUUUGAUAUUUAUGCCAUGUCCACCUGUUCUGAAUCUUGGAGUUACUCCCUUGGCCACCUGAUAUAUGUCAUCAUCUAUAACAUCACCACUGUGAUUGUACCAGUGGCUGUGGUAUUUCUCUUUAUGAUUCUUAUUCGCAGAGCACUGAGUGCCAGCCAGAAGAAAAAAGUCAUCAUAGCUGCAUUAAGGACUCCUCAGAAUACAGUUUCUAUCCCAUAUGCCUCCCAGCGAGAAGCUGAACUUCAUGUCAUGCUGCUUUCUAUGGUUAUGAUCUUUAUUUUCUGCAGCGUCCCGUAUGUGACCUUGGUGAUUUAUCGCACCAUACUCAAUAUUUCAGAUAUUUCAGUCUUCUUGCUCCUCACUGCCAUUUGGUUGCCCAAGGUCUCUUUGCUGGCCAACCCUUUGUUAUUUUUAACUGUUAACAAAUCAGUACGGAAGUGCUUAGUGGGGACAAUAGUACAGCUGCACCGAAGGUUUAGCAGGAGAAACAUUGUCAGCUCAGGUGGUGUUGUGGAUGAUAAUCUGGAGCCCAAUGUGCAUUCGGGAAGCCAGCUUCUGGAGAUGUUUCAUAUCGGGCAACAACAAAUCUUCAAGCCAAUGGAAGAUGAGGAGAAUGAGACCAAAUCCAUUGGCUCUGGUGACUUGCAGCAGAAAGAAAUUCCUACCACCAGUUUAGAGAUAGGACAGACUUUGGUUCACAGAUUUAUACCACAGACAGUUGCAGACUCUGCAGCUCAGGUGGCCCCAGCUGUGCCCACAGAAGCUGAUCCGAUAAAUGACAAGUAUUCCAUGCAGUUUGGUUUUGGACCCUUUGAGUUGCCUCCACAGUGGCUCUCAGAAAACCGAAACAGUAAGAAGCGACUCCUGCCUCCUCUGGGGAAUACCCCUGAAGAGCUAAUCCAGACAAAACAGCCCAAGUGUAAAGCAGAGAGAAAAGUCAGCAGAAACAAUAAAGUCAGUAUCUUUCCCAAGGUGGAUUCUUAGAAAGAGCAGGAGCUUGAAGUGACAGAGGAAGGUCACUUUCUAUUAUAUAUGUGAUCCCAUGGAUCUUUAUUAUGUUGAAAUUUGUUUCAGGCUGGUUUUUUUCUUGUGCCAAAUAUAAUUUAAAUGAACAAACAAAAGGAAAAUGUAUAUGCAAGUGUUCCUUAUUAAUAUGAAAUAUUUCAUGAAAAUAAUAUAUCGAAAUACGGAAAUUCUUAAAUUUUAUCUCUGAAAUCCUUACAACGAUACCUGUCUGAUUAAAUUUCAAAAAGUAUAUAUGGCUUUGGGACCUCUGUAUGGCUGAAUUAUGGAAAUAUGUCAGUCAGUUUUCUGGGAAAUCUCAUGUUGUAUUAAAAUGGACUGGGUAUCAAAGUAACUUAAUAGGAAAGGCUGUAGAGAGCAGAAGACAUACAACAUGGGUAGUUCCUACUCUGGUGCAAAUAGACAUAGCAAGAUUCUGCAUAUUUCAUUAAUGAAGUAAAAUGGACUAUUAAGUGCAUUUGUUGUCUGUUAAGCCCAUUUAUUCAAUCAGUGUUAAAGCUUACUGGAUUUUUUUGCACAAAUUAGUUACUAAGCAUCUGCUGAACAUCUAAAGUUUUUAAAAACCUAAACCACUGUUUUCUGGCAUAAAACUUCCACAAAGCCAAGGAUACCCAAAUCAUCAUGUGUGUGAAACCUGAGAAAGACCUUUUUUGUAAAGACCCCAGAUAUAUUCAUGUAGUUUUAAAUAAAAACUGGAUUGGAGAUCAUGCAGGACAAAUCCUGACUCCAAUAAACAAGUAUGUAUGUGCCAAGGGCAUAAAUAGAACACUUUGAUCCUGUAAUAAAGGGCAUAUACAAAUGUUCCAACAGUGUAAUGUAUCCAUUGUGUAAGUAACAAAGGCACAAACCUUAAACUUACCUGCUGAUGCACUCUGCUGUUUUCUUACGGGAAAGCCAGCAAAUGAAAGAAAUGCGUUUGAAAUGCUAGUAGCCUUUCUCUGAGUGUGACAAUCUU